UUAAUGUUUUUUAAAAUGUUGUUUGAAUGUUGUGUGAAUGUUUUCCCUGUCCCUGUCUCCCAGGUCUUUUUGCUCCUGUCUCUGCUGGCUCCUGUAGCCGUCCUCUCUCAGGUCUACCUCCCUCAGAACUGUGAUGACAUCUAUCAAUAUGACAACACCAAACCCAGUGGGGUGUACACCAUCUACCCUGGGGGUCCCACCACCCCCUUGCACGUCUACUGUGACAUGAACACGGAUGGAGGGAGGUGGACUGUGUUCCAAAGGAGAAUGGAUGGAACAGAGAACUUUUACAGACCCUGGGCACACUACAAAUCUGGCUUUGGUAAUGUGGCUGGAGAGUACUGGCUGGGUCUGGACAACAUCUUCCUCCUGACGAUGAGGAAGAAGAAUGAGCUGAGAGUGGACAUGGAGGACUUUGAGGGAGGGAAAGUUUAUGCUAAAUACACGUCCUUCUCCAUUGAUCCUGAGAACUACGGAUACACACUGAGACUGGGCACUUAUGUAGACGGAGGGGCAGGGGACUCCUUGUCGUUCAGCAACGGCAUGAAGUUCAGCACCUACGACAAUGAUCAAGAUACCUGGGGAGACCACUGUGCCAGGCGCUACAUGGGUGGAUUCUGGUACGGUGACUGUACGCAUGCUAACCCUAACUCCCUGUACGCCCCACAUCCGGAAACAUCUUUCACUCAUGUGUCUGUUUAUUGGCAGCACUGGAAAGGGGUAGACUACUCUCUGAAAAGCAUUUCCUUUAAGAUCAGGGCUGUCUCUGAUGCUGUGGCUGUCCAGGAGCAGGAGUAACAUAACUGACUCUAUCAGUCCUGACCUAAUGUCACCAUCUCUAAAUGAAUGUGGAGGAGGGGGCACCAGAGCUAGCCAGACAGACACUAACACCUAGAGAAUAAUACGGUCACUACAUCAUCACUGUAACACUAACACCUAGAGAACAAUAUGGUCACUGCAUUAUCACGAUUACACUAACACCUACAGAACAAUAUGGCCACUACAUUAUCACUAUCAUUAUCAUCUUGGAUGUUAAAGUAGUGUUUCAUGUUAUGACAGCACAAUGGGCUCUCUAUCUCUUAUAUGGUCACUAUAUCAUCACUAUUAUUAUCAUCUUGGAUGUUAAAGUAGUGUUUCAUGUUAUAGCAGCACGAUGGGCUCUCUUUCUCUUGAUUCCACUGUUACUUGACUCAAAUAAUAACUAAAGCAUUUCAAAGACAAA